AUGAAGUACGUUGUUGUUUCAGGUGGUGUCAUUUCCGGUAUCGGUAAAGGUGUUCUUGCAUCUUCAACCGGUAUGCUAUUGAAGACACUCGGCUUAAAAGUCACCUCGAUUAAAAUUGAUCCUUACAUGAACAUCGAUGCUGGUACUAUGUCUCCUUUAGAACAUGGUGAGUGUUUCGUACUUGAUGAUGGUGGUGAAACCGAUUUAGAUUUGGGUAAUUACGAAAGAUACCUUGGUGUAACAUUGACUAAAGACCAUAACAUUACCACCGGUAAGAUAUACUCGCAUGUUAUUGCUAGGGAAAGGAAGGGUGAUUAUUUGGGUAAGACCGUGCAAAUCGUUCCUCACUUAACCAAUGCUAUUCAAGAUUGGAUUGAACGUGUGGCCAAGAUUCCUGUCGAUGAUACAGGAAUGGAACCAGACGUCUGUAUCAUCGAAUUGGGUGGUACCGUUGGUGACAUUGAGAGUGCGCCUUUUGUAGAAGCACUAAGACAAUUUCAAUUCAAGGUUGGUAAGGAAAAUUUCGCAUUGAUUCACGUCUCUCUAGUGCCCGUCAUCCAUGGCGAACAAAAGACUAAGCCAACUCAAGCCGCCAUCAAAGGUUUGAGAUCUCUUGGUUUGAUCCCAGACAUGAUUGCCUGCAGAUGCUCUGAAACAUUGGACAAGCCAACAAUUGACAAGAUUGCAAUGUUUUGUCAUGUUGGGCCUGAACAAGUGGUUAAUGUUCACGAUGUUAACUCUACUUACCACGUUCCAUUAUUGCUACUCGAACAAAGAAUGAUAGACUAUUUACACGCCAGGUUAAAGUUAGAAGAAAUCACCCUAACUGAAGAAGACAAACAAAGAGGUUUAGAAUUAUUGUCCAAAUGGAAGGCUACCACAGGUAACUUUGACGAAUCCAUGGACACCGUUAAGAUUGCCUUGGUUGGUAAAUACACCAACUUGAAAGACUCUUACUUGUCUGUCAUAAAAGCUUUGGAACAUUCAUCUAUGAAAUGUCGCCGUAAGUUGGAAAUUAAAUGGGUGGAAGCUACUGACUUGGAACCUGAAACACAAGAUAGCAAUAAGCCUAAAUUCCACGAAGCCUGGAACAUGGUUAGUACCGCGGACGGUAUUUUGAUUCCUGGUGGUUUCGGUGUUAGAGGUACAGAAGGUAUGAUUUUGGCUGCUAGAUGGGCCCGUGAAAACCACAUUCCAUACUUGGGUGUUUGUUUGGGUUUACAAAUUGCCACUAUUGAAUUUGCACGUAGUGUACUUGGAAUGAAAGACAGUCACUCAGCAGAAUUCUACCCAGACAUCGACGAAAAGAAUCAUGUCGUUGUCUUCAUGCCGGAAAUUGACAAGGAAACCAUGGGUGGUUCGAUGAGACUAGGUUUAAGACCAACUUAUUUCCAAAACGACACCGAGUGGAGUCAAAUCAAAAAGCUAUACGGUGAUGCUUCUGAAAUCCGCGAAAGACACCGUCACCGUUACGAAAUCAACCCUAAUAUUGUUGAUAAAUUGGAAGGCAAUGGGUUGAUCUUUGUUGGUAAGGAUGAAACCAGCAAACGUUGUGAGAUUUUGGAAUUGAAGAAUCAUCCCUAUUAUAUCGCCACUCAGUACCACCCAGAAUAUACGUCAAAAGUCUUGGAACCAUCCAAACCUUUCUUGGGUUUGGUGGCUGCCUCCGCUGGUAUCCUACAAGAUGUCAUUGACGGUAAGUACGAUCUUGAAGCUAGCGAAAACAAAUUCAACUUUUAA